UCUUCUUUUCCCCCUCCCAAUUUUCUGUCGUCUCUUCCAAAAACAAAAAGUUCUCGGGGGUCCUUUCACUCGAGUUUUCGCAAAAUUACUGUUUGUCACUGCAGUAAUUAAAUCCAAUUUUUAAGUAGGUGCUGACGUGGCAUGCACCCAAUCGACCGGCACAAUGAGCACCAAAACUAUGCGUCUCCCCCCACGUCGCGUUCUGACGCCGGAUAAGGGCAAGGAACGCGACGGCACCGUCCCCCUCGCCGGAAAGCCGCCGGAAGCCGCCAUGAUGAAGCCGCCGCCGAUUAUUCCUCCGGUUCAAUCCCCCAGGAAACUACCAGCGACGGCCACGGCCGAGCCGGCCGGUUCGAACCAGCUCCUUGCCGGUUACUUGGCCCAUGAGUUUCUCUCAAAGGGGACAAUCUUAGGGGAGCAAUGGAACCCGAUUCGGUCCCAAACCGGAGACGUACCGGUUCAACCGGGCGAGCCGAGAAAGACGAAGCCGAGCCACAAUACGGAACCGGUUGAGCCGGUCGAGCGGAAGCGGAGGAGAUACGUGGAAGUGGCCAAUCUCCUCCGGGUAGAUGGGACCCGCCUGCCCGGAAUCGUCAACCCUACCCAGCUUGCCCGAUACCUCAAACUGUGAUGCCAAUUCCGAUGUCCACGUGGACCCAGGUCAUUGGUCUGUCCCUUGGAAAAAUUACAGCCCUAAGAGCGAAACCUUCCUUCUCUCUUUGGGUUUGUCCCCUCUUUUUUUUUUUCUCUUAAUUUUUAUCAUCUCUGUAAAGUUGAUUCUCUCUCUUCGUCUUCUUCGAAAUUAGACAGAAAUGUUUCCUUUUGGGUAGGUUUCGUAUUUUGUACAUUAGGUUGCGAUAUCGAUUAGGGAUUGGAUCGAAAUUUCAAUUCAGAAACUGCGUUGAUUCCACGGUUUUUCCCCCCGAAUUUUCGUGGAUCCAAAUUUGUGCUCUUCGAUCAACAUGUUCGCACAUAAUACGAUCACGGAAUCUAAAAUUCGAAUGUUGGUUGGAAUUUGGAAGGAGUUUUUAUGAUAUUUCCUUCAAUCCGAGAAACACAUGAAGGCUGGAUUUUAUUUCUUUGCUUUGUUGGAGACGGAACUUAUUUCGAUUGAGAUGAAAAGAAUGGUGAAUUCGUAUCGGUUCGCAAGAAGGAUUCGUAUUCUGUUUCGGGUUUGUGAAAGUUGUAGCAAAAUCUUGCUUGUUUGAAGAUAUUCAUGGCCCGAUCUUUGAUCUUUCGAUCAAGUUUAAAUGCUUGUUGCCCUUUCGAUUCGCUGGAUUCGAUGCAGAGAUUAAUGGCGGUUUUCUAACUUGCGGCUCUGGAUUGAAUUGCAUGUGGAGUUGUGGAAUUGUCUUCUCUCCAUAUUUUCCAUGACGCAAUUUUCAUAAAGCUUUCAUCCAUAUAGAACUGUAAGAGGUAGACUGAAUGGUGACCAUUGGAUUAUCGCCGAGAGCUGUAGGCAGAACGCUUGAAUCACACACUUACAGGCUUUCUGCUUCCCAGCUCUCGCCAUAUCCGUCCACUGUCCCCUCCUUCUCUGUGUUUCCCAUCCGGCAACUUCCCAUCUGAGAUGCCGAGAUGGAACGGCACCAGUUCUUGCUCGUCGAGACGGGUCCACCCGCUACGCUUACCGUUCGUAAGAACUUCUCUCGAUCUUCCUCGUGGAUCCCUUUGCAUCUUAGUCUCUACCCCUCUGAACUGUAUGUGCCCACCUCCUCAGCUCCUGCCGCAACCAAGGUCCUCUGUGCCCAUUUUACGGCAAGAGCUAGAUUCUCCUGAUCGGUCUUGAUCAGUUUGUAGUUGAUAAUGUCUUUCAGCUUCACCUCUCCAGAGCUCUCAUCUCUGACCAGUGCAAAGAUAUGAGAUGUUCUUGCAUACUUGGCCAUUCUCUCCUUCAUGUCUGAACCUUAAACCCAUGGCAGUAGAGCUGCAAACAUGCCUGGCGGCUGGCGCUAAAGCAGGUGUCUGAAGCAUGGCCUUUGGUGCUGCAGAUUCAUCUGGAACCACUAUGUGCAUUGAAGUGAUUAUCUCUCCCUCGUGUGCUCUUCCUCUGAAUUUCGGUUUUCUUCUGGGAAGUAGCCCCAUGCCAUUAGAAUCGGGUGAAGAUGGAGGUUUCGACCGAUAUUUGGAUUCUUCAACCAGCUCAAAAGCAACAUAUAAGGUGUAUUAAGCGACCCGCAAGCCAAGACCGUGACUUUGGCGUUGAUUUGAAGCCUCCUUUCGGUUUCUUUUGAUAAAAAAAAAAAAAAGGUUCUCACUUCCAAGCAUCUCUUUCAUCGGCCUCUUUCCCAUCUUUGCUCGACACUGUUGCCCUCCAAGAUCAACUUCUCAGCCAUGCGCUGUGUUAGUAUCACGGCAUUGUAGUUGACUGCGUCAAUCAGCCAUGUUCUGUCUGUUGAGUUCUUGUCUCCAGUUGUGCAUCCAAAGGCACAAGAUCCACAUUCAUGUUUCCAUGAUGAAUAGUUCCUUGCCACCGUUUCAACAUCCAAGCCAAGCUUCUUGCCCCCUUUUCGCAGUAUCUGAUUCUGAAACUCUUCUCCGGUCAGCCUCUCAGUCACACCGAUCCUCUUGCAGACUUUAUCCAUGGCCAUCUCGUACUCCUCGCUGGAGAAUAUUGCAAUCUUUCUGUCCACAGACCACUCUUUGAUGAUUGGUUCAUGAGUUUUAAUGGACGCUGACCAGUUUAUUGCCGAACCGUCACCCACGGUUGAUCCGGCCAAGAGCUGGAACCUCCUGUCCUGUGUCAUCAUGAACCCGUUCGACUCGAUCAGCUCGAACAUGGAGGGGCCCUCGAGAGAUGAGUAGUCGCGAGGCACAGAGUAAUUACCUUUCUCGAGAACCACCACCCUCAGACCUGACCUCGCGAGAUUCGUGGCUGCAACCGCUCCACCACAGCCCAUACCCAUGACCACGGCAUCACACUCGAUCUUGUGAUCACAGGAUAUACAUAACGUGAGGGAAUUUGAGGCAUACCCGGGUGAAGUAGUAGAACAAGAAGAAGGCUUUAAUCAUUAUAAAAGCGAGUCUCGCGAGAGGGUUAAACCUCUGCCUGCUCCAUCUCUGCAAAGAUCUUUUCCGUCUUGUCGAGUGAGCUCUCGGCGAAUGUGAGAAGGAAAGGCCAUUUCUGGUCAAGAGAGAGAAACCCACAUAGCAGCAAAGUUCCCAAUCUGAACUGCAAAAAAAGAAAAGGAUUCAUACCUCAUCAGCUCUAACCUGAGGGCAAGAGGACUCGAAGAAACGAAGGAGGGCGUCAUUGCGUAGAAUCUUCAACUUCAUAUUAAGUUUCAAGGACUCCAAAGCAACAGGACGGAGAAUGGCUCUGCAAAUGGCGGACAGAGCUUCGAGCUGAGACGGUGAGAAGCCAUGGCAGAAGCUUUCUUCUCCAUUACUCCAUUCCAGCAGAGGGUUUCCUCUCCUCUCUCCUCUUUCCAUGGUGAUCCCCCCCUUCCCCAUGCAUGGCACACUUUUUUUUUAUAGUGUUGAAUUUGAUAUUUGUUCUCUUUGGAGGGGGAAAAAAGUCUUUCUUCAGCGAUGGGGUUUCUGUUUUUGGGUGGCGUUGUCUGUGUACGUGAGCAUGUCCGAGAACGGCUACUCUGAGUUCAACAUAUGUCUUCGAGGUGCCCGCCCCUUCGGACAGCACGGGAGCUUGAGAGAGAAGCAUCUGUUCCCUCGUUACAUAACAUAAAUUUAUGUAUUCUAUUUUUGGUUGUAUAUUAUAUAUGUACGUAUAAAAAAAUACACCGAAAAUUUUCAAAUU